AUGAGUGGAUCCACGAAUGCGGUCCCGACUCCGGUCGCACCGCGCUCCUCCGCGCAAACAUGCGUGCAGUGUCGAUUACGAAAAGUUCGCUGCGACGGCAAACACGACACGUGCUCGAAUUGUCAGCGUCUGGGCUUUGGGUGCUCGUUCUUGACCCGGGCGACCGACCGAACGCCUACUGGCAUCAGGAAUGCUGCUCUAUCGAGACCUCCCCGGAGACGAGCCAGGAUUGCUUGUCGAUUAUGCAAGUCGCAGAAGGUCAAAUGUUCGGGGACUCUUCCAAAGUGUUCGAAAUGCAAGCAACGCGGCAUCACCUGCGUCUAUCCUACCCCGAGACGGGCGACACGACCCUCGGCCGGGGCCCUUGCAGCUCGCAUGCAAUCGGCCGAUGCAGAAAGUAUUUUAGAGGUGUAUCACCCGGCAGACGAAGGGAGCAUGCUAGCGCCCACUCCGGGCACAGAUACGUCCCGAACGCCAGUCUCCGUUCAUCAGGGAUCCUCCCCCCUACCGGCUGAUAGUCAAGAAUCGCUGGAAAGGAAUUGGAAAUCAGACUGUCAAUGUACGGAUCUCUUAUGCCACUUUCCAGCAACACCUUCACCUUCUACGACCGCAGAUCUUGCCCACGCAAAUCUUAGUCCACAGGCGGUCGCCUCACCCGCUCAACAUGGCGGCAAGAUCAACCAUCAUCUCAUUGCACUUGUCGAAUCCUUCUUCCGCGAAGAGUAUCCUCUACCAUCAUACUCCUUUCUGCAUCCUGCAUCUACCUUAACGAAAUGUCGUGCGGGCACUCUCGACCCAUGUCUCUCGCUUGCCCUCGCCGGAGUCGCAACCCUACACAUAUCCAUACGCUUACAGGCUGGAAAAUGCGGCCACGAGAAUAGUAUCGUGGUCCAGGACGAAGAUAAUAAUACCACGACACAUUCUCUCAAUUGUGCAUGCCACGGAGUGACGCCAAUACAAGCUGCAGAGCAGAUCAUAUGGUCGAGCAUCGAAAGCCCAACCAUUGCAAGACUGCAGGCCCUCCUUCUCUGUAUCAACCACAGGAUGCAUACAGGGCGUUUUCAAAGAGCGUUUAUGCUAGCUGCCAUGGCAGCUCGCUUUGCUGCUGCUCUUCGACUCCAUCGUGAACAUCAGGGCUUAGACUUUGUGGCGCAAGAGACCCGGAGGCGUAUCGUAUGGAGUCUAAAGCUCGUCGAACGAUACUUCAGCAUCGGUCUUCCGGAAUUCGAACUUUGCCCUUUCGAUGGCAUCUAUAUUCAGUUGCCGUGCGUCGAGUCUGCGUACCAGGCCGGAUCCACCGACCAGACUACUGCCGAACAUCCCAAUUUUUCAUUGCCAUUAGAGGAUGAUUGCGGUGCCUAUCGACUGUGCGUCAAUUUAGAGUCGUUACGGCGAGACAUUGUCAAACUAGGUAGAGCCUUUGCAUGUUCCGAGCGCAUAUCACCGCAGAUCCCAUCGUUGAUUCGUUCAUUCGAGCGGACCCUCUUUGAAAUUGGCGCCAAGUUACCUAAUGGCCCAGACCUAUCCUUUGAUCAGAUCAAUGCCUUGAUCACAUCGCGCUGGCUACCGAGACACGUAGCUCUCCAAUUGAGUUGGCAUCAAUGUCACUGUGACCUCUAUCGAUUGCUGCUACGAGGCUACCCAGAGGCCGCGCCUCGACCGGAGCUCGAAGCUCUUUCACGGCAGGGAAAACAUGGUCCCGAUGAGGUUGGCUGCAACGAUAUAUUACUCCGCGCGGAGCGUCAGUGUCUACACCACUCAAAGGCCAUCAUCCUAAUUCUGACCCUGUUGAAUCAACAAUCACCCCGUUUUUGUUUUCUUGAGUUUGACACCACUAUCUGUGCAUAUCAUGCCACGCGUCUGCUCUUUUUUAUCUCUAAGUUUGGAAGGGACGUCCAAAGUCGGCCAUCCGAGGAGUUCGCAGCCAGCCGACUGGAGCUGUGCCUGGCGGCGCUACGCAGAUUCUUCCCCCAAAGCAAGCUUGUCGGACCCAUUAUUGCGGAAAUGGAGAAUAACAGACACACGCUGGCUACGUUGACUCCCCGCUCGGCGUCGCGAGUGCCCGUAUCCGGGGUAAACGAAAAAUUGGCCGUUCAUAGUCUGCUGCGACUAGCCAAGUUCUCGGAGAGAGACGACGUCGAUAGCGGAACUGGCAUCCUACCUGUGGGUACUGCGGCUACGAUGCAGAAUAGCAGCAUGUUCCCUCCGACGGAUUCUCCGGAAAUUUCUAGAACGAUUCCCCGCCUGGCCGAAGGUCGCGAUGAUUCUGUGGCUUCAUUCAACUCCUUGACAGGUCCUAGGCAGUCCACAGCAGGUGACGAAUCUUCGGGCCAGUCCAUGAUUGUCCAAGAUCUUAGUGUCGACGCUUUGGCCGAGGCGCUGAUGACGGCGCAGGAUGGUCGCGCUUCAAUGGGCGAGGACUGGGAUUUCAUCUCGUGUGUGCCCUUACAAGCUUGGGACAUGCCAAACCCCUUUAUUUCAUGGUUUGACGUGUCGGAUGAAUCGUGUCCUCUAGAAUAG